AUGAACCUGAGGAAGCGUUAUGAGUGUGACGUGUGUGGCCAGGCCAGUCAGUACCCGAGCCAGCUGGAGCUCCACCGGCGGGUGCACACGGGAGAACGCCCCUUCGACUGCUCGGAGUGCGGCAAGAGCUUCACCUGCUAUGACAAGCUGCAGCGGCACAACCGCGUGCACUCCGGCGAGAGGCCCUUCACCUGCUCCAACUGCGGCAAAGGCUUCAAGACGUCCAACCACCUGAAGAUACACCAGCGCACUCACACCGACGAGCGUCCCUACACCUGUGCCCAGUGCGGCAAGGGCUUCACCUCCUCCAGCAAGCUGCUGUCCCACCAGCGCACCCAUACUGGCGAGCGUCCCUACACCUGCAUCCAGUGCGGCAAGGGCUUCACCCACUCCAGCAACCUACUGGAGCACCGGCGCACCCACACCGGCGAGCACCCCUACAGCUGCGCCCAGUGCGGCAAGGGCUUCAACAGCUCCACUAGGCUGUAUUCCCACCAGCUCACCCACACCAGCGAGCGCCCCUACACCUGCAUCCAGUGCGGCAAGGGCUUCACCCACUCCAGCAGCCUGCUGGUGCACCAGCGCAACCACACCGGCGAGCGCCCCUACACCUGCAUUCAGUGCGGCAAGGGCUUCACCUCCUCCAGCAAGCUGCUGUCCCACCAGCACACCCAUACUGCUGAGCGUCCCUACACCUGCAUCCAGUGCGGCAAGGGCUUCACCCACUCCAGCAGCCUGCUGGUGCACCAGCGCGUCCACACCGGCGAGCGUCCCUUCACCUGCGCCCAGUGUGGCAAGGGCUUCACCCAGUCUAGUCACCUGCUGUCCCACCAGCUCACCCACACCGGCGAGCGCCCCUACACCUGUGCCCAGUGCGGCAAGGGCUUCACCAACUCCACCCGGCUGCUGUCCCACCAGCGAGUGCACGCCGGCGACCGUCCCGUCCCCAGCCCGGUGUGUGGAGAGCGCUUCACCAUGGCCUCCUACGCCCCGCCUCACCAGCAUGUGCACACCAGUGGCCAGCCCUACGUGAGUGACGGGUUGGGGUUGGCGGAGCUCGGGGAGCUGGGGUUGGGGUUGCGGAUGGCGGAGCUCGGGGAGCGGGGCCUGGGGAUUUGA